UGAUUAAUUUAUGACGACCAGUUGUCAACAAUUCACGUUAAUAUAAUUGAAGCCAUUUUUAAAAAGGAAAAUCUGUUUUUCCUUCUGACAAGUAUUAAUGUUUCACUGUCUUUCAUUUACUACUCGUACAAAUUAUUUUCUCUCAUGACUUGUGUUGGAAAUAUAACAAAUGAAGAUGAGUUCAACUAAUGAAGACGUUUUCUCAUUGUAUCAGAGACAGAGAGGGAAAGAGAGAAGAUAGGAAUUGUGUUAGGGAAAUAUGGAUUAUUUGCAAAGUGGAGUACGAACACUGAAAAGGCAUAGUAUAUCAAAUAUAACCGAUGCCAUCAGGAGCCAUAUACACCGGGAUUCAUUCAGUGGACUAGGGCGACAUCUCUUCUCAACUAACAAAGCAGAUCUUCCAUUGAAAAAUGCUGCAUUUGCCAGUGUAUCGACUGCCAUUAUUCAUUUAUUUCAAAAGAAGAAAUUACAAGAAAAUGAACUAUCAAUUUUGCAGGAAUCCGUAAGGAAUCUCACCACGACGGAGGCAGGGCCUCUAAUCUACGAUUACUACAAGGACAAACUUAUAAAGAAAGGAAUGGUCAUAAUUCGUGAACAAAUAAAACACGAAACUGGGCUUACACUUUUGACACAUUUGGGAGAAGAAUGGGACUACUUUUACGGAGAAAUAUUACCGGUCUUAUACGCACUUUUGCACCCAGUUGAAACCAAAACGUAUACGAUAAAACAAGUGUCUUUAUUGGAGUUUAGAAACACUGUUUUACUUAAGCUACCAAUAAAGGAUGCCUUGCCUUAUUUAUCGCAUUCAGACCCAAUUUGUGCAAUCAUAAAACAGAUGUUGUUAGUUUUGCACGGGGUUCACGAGAAUCCAUACACGCUUAACUAUAUAGCGUUGGAAAAACUAGUCUCUAGAGUGACCUCUCCUCAUUUAGGCGUUAUGGGACUAUAUAAUGGUGGAAGUGAGCCUAUACUGAAGAGUAAUUAUAGAGGAUUAACAAGACUUGCGAUACCGGUGAUACAAAUAUCAAACGACACGCACGAUUCAGACGACAAAAUAACAUCAGCUGAAGACCAAGAUACAAGAACAAUUACCUCACCACAACCAAAUCGUUUACGUCAUAAUCGUAGUUCUGUAUUUCUACAACAAACGCUGUUAUCAGCAGUAAAUGAACAGGACAGAGGUCAAAUUCGGCGAAACAGUAUAGCCACUACAUGACAGCUUAGCAACUUACGAAAAACAGCACAAUUUUGAAAAAUUUACAAUUUCCUCAGAUAACAAAUAGUAUUUUGGAGUCAGUCUGGUUUUAAGAAGAUGACAAAAAAAUGAAAAAAAAAUAUCUUGUUGUUCGAAUAUCGUUAUUGUAUGAAUCCUAUCAUAUUUGAACCAUGUUUUAGUGUCAAAUAUAAAUGAGAAAGCAAAAACAUUAAAGUACAAUUAGGGAUAUCCUACAUGCUGUAAUUUAAUGGAAUAUACUGUACCUACAAAGUCAAUGAAAGGUGAUAAAGAUCCGACUGUCGUAGACACGUUCAAUAUUGUAGUAGGUGAUAAAAUUCCAAAAUAUUAUGUAUGUAUGUUCACCUGAAAUUAUGAAUGUUCUCAUGAAAGUAUCAAUGUUUACAUGAAAGGUAUUUACUUUGAUGACAGCCAUCAAGGACUGACAGUAGAUCAAAAGAUAGAAGAGUAACAUAUCACCUUUGAAAAAGAGAACUGGAAGACAUGAAAUUAACCAAUGGCAAAUUCAAACUUUCAUUUGUACAAAAGAAUCAAUUCAUACAACAUAUGUACUGAAUGACAGUAAAUGAAAAACAGCGAAACAAAAGAGAAUAAAAACAUUUGUCCAACAUAGCUUAUCAUUGGGUUAUGCGUCUGUCUUAUCUAACAGGAAAUCAUAUAGUUAAGUAUUG